GUGGUUGGCUCUACACCAUGUGUCGCACUCUCUCUUUCUCCUGCCCCCCCACCGCCAUCCCCCCUUUUGUGGAGAUAGAUCUGACAACGCUGGAUGUGCCUGGCGGCUGUUCAGUCUGUGACCGUUCUCCCUCAUUCCCCCUUCUCCCACUCCCCUUCCCCAUCCCCCCUGCCAGGCUGUUGGCUCUACACCAUGCGUCGCACUCUUCCCUUCUCCUGUGCUUCCCCUCUUUAUCUUCUUUCAGUUUUCAUCUUCUUUAUAUAUUACAUUUCCCCCCAUCCCUCCUGCCCCAACCAGGAGGUUGGCUCUACACCAUGCGCCGCACCCUCCCCUUCUCCUGCCCGCCCUCCGCCAUCCCCCCAUUCGUGGAGGUAGAUCUCUCAGCGUUGGAUGUGGGCCACAAGAUCACCCUUGCUGACGUGGCAAGGCAGGUGGAUCCACGGCUCAGAUUGCUCCUGGCAGAUGUGUCUCACCCCGUCUGCAAGAUAGCUGGCAGCAGGUCACUGGCCAAAGAAGCAACACCCGCUUAG